UGUUGUUCUUUCACUACAGUAUUUGUUUUUAAUGAUCACAUAGCAAAGCAAAAACCAAUUGCCCAUUCAGUGUUAGAGAUUCCAAUCUUCAAAAUUACAUCAAAUAAUCAAAUCAAAGUGUUAUCAGCAGUUAUCAGGAAACUCACACCAGCAUAUUCAUGUACAAUGAGUCUCUAGGUAUCUUAAGUUGUUUUACUGCAGCAUUUUUAAUAAUUAGAUUAAAGAUGAAAGAAGAAAUGUAAAAAAAUUAUCCGGUUCCAGCUUCUCAAAUUUGAAUAUUUGCUGCUUUUAUGUGUCGCAUAUGUGUCGUAUAUGUUUAUCUUUGGGUUUUGGAUUGUUGUUCAGACCAAACAAGAUAUGUGAAGACGUCAGCUUUAGCUGCAGGAAAUCAGAACACACAUUUUCUGACAUGUCAUAGACUAAACAAUUAAUUAAUUAUAAAAACAAGUGUCACACAGCUGCUAGCAUGGCUUCAGAUAGUUGUUCUUGUUAACAUAUUUGAAGCAUGUUAUCUUUGGAUUCACUGUGGACAGUGGUCACCUGUCAAGCCAAGCAGAUACAACGAUUAUCGACCAUGUCCCAGACUAACCCUCCGAUUCUCUCCGUCCUCCCCAUUCGGGCUCUGGUCGAUGAGAAGUUCGAGGUGUUGGUGGAGAAUCUGCCUGCAGGAUCUCCAGUAACUCUUCACGCCCUCCACCAUUCCGAGGACAAGGACUACUGGGAGGCCUAUGCCCACUACAUCAGUGACCACAGAGGAACAGUGUCUGUUGCAGAGGAUUUGAGUUUUGGCGGGACAUACACAGGAAUAGAGCCCAUGGGUUUGUUGUGGAGUAUGCGUCCUGUCCCAGGCAGCCGAACAGGUCUCAGGUUGAGAAAGAUGGACGUCCACAGCCCCAUGCUGGUCAACAUCUCGGUCUACAGCGGACACAUAGCUGAGGGCUUCAGGGAGCAGCCUCCUCUGGCCUCAGCGCUCACUGAGAGGUGGUACAUGGCUCCAGGGGUCCGGAGGAUCGAUAUCAAGGAGAAAGGAGUGCGAGGGACCCUGUUUAUACCUCCAGGUCCAGGACCCUUCCCUGGGCUGAUGGAUAUGUGGGGAGGCAGUGGAGGGCUGUUGGAGUAUCGUGCAGCCUUGCUGGCGUCCCAUGGUUAUGUGUCUAUGGCGCUGGAGUAUUUCUCCCCCGGUGAGCUGCAGUCAGCAGAGCUAGAGUUCAAAUAUUUUGAGGCGGCGUUUAAUAUCAUCAAGGAUCAUCCUCAAGUGAUCCCAGACAGAGUUGGACUUUUUGGUCUUUGCCUCGGGGCAGUCGUGACCAUGUAUUUGGCAGCUGAAAGCACCAUUACCAAGCCUCGGUGUUGUGUUUGUGUCAGCGGCAACCACUUUUAUCCACGUGGGGAAACCCUCAGCGGAAUGCAUAAAGCAAUGAUGAGGAAUUCUCACAAGGCACGUAUGGAUGAGAACGACCAUUAUAUAGUGCGAGAUGUAACUCUACCAAUUACCAGUGACCUCUCUAUGAAAGUGGACGUGAGAAAAAUAAACUGUCCAAUGUUGUUGGUCAACGGUCAUGACGAUCAGAACACACCCGCAGUGGAGUCUGCUGAGGAUAUUGCUCAGAUGAUGCAUACAGCAGGGAAGGAGCACCUGCUGACCAGACUACAUUACCCUGACACUGGACAUCUGAUUGAGCCGCCCUACUCGCCUCACUUCAGAGCUACUAAGUUCAUAACGGAAAGCACAAAAGCCAAAGUGAUUUUACUGUGGGGAGGACAAACCAAACCCCAUUCAGACGCUCAGGAGGACUCCUGGAGGAAGAUCUUGGCUUUUCUGCAGCAGCAUCUUUACUCCACUUCAAUUCCCAAAGCAAAGAUGUGAAUGAUUACAUAAGCUCAGAUAGACCCCAAAUAACUGCUGGAAAAUUAUAUAUACUACAUCUGACUACAUGGUACUGGGUACUCUCUGUAUUGAUCAUGUGCCUUUUGAUGUGAUUAAUUGAAGUGCACAAAACAUAUACUCUUGAAUUAGCAGAGAAGCUUGUUUUUUGGGUCAAAUUGUGCCUCUAUUUUCAUUAUUUGUGUCCACAAAGCCAUAAUUCUGAAUGAGACAGCCUGAAUGAGUAUUAUUACUAGGGCUGCAACUAAUCUGUCAAGUAUUUCUCAGUUAACUGAUUAGUCGUUGGGUUUAUAAAAUGUCAGAAAAUGGUCAAAAAUGUCGAUCACCAUUUCCCAAAGCCCAAGAUGCAACCUGAAAUGU